AUGUCCUUGACCCCUCAGCCUCGGCCACAGGCCGUGUGCAUCGUGGCCGGCGUCUGGGGGACCACGUCCGUCUACUGCCUGCUCUGGUUCUUCCUGGUGGCCUUGGACGCUGACGGGCACCGGGAGCCACAGCCUGUUCCUGCCCAUCUGCCUGCUGGACUUCACCGUCUUCUUUGUUACGCCCUGCUGGAGGCCACCGUCCUCUGCAGUCUCAUAGGGAGGGUCUUGUUCCAGAACUCCCCGGCCCACCUGCCACAGCUCGGGGACCAGCUCGGGGGCCAGCACGGGGGUGAUGAGGACCGGCCAGAGCCCGGAACCCAGGGGAGGCAGCUCCGUGGGCCAGGCGGGGUGCAGCGGGCAGCUGCUCCGGGGCCAGAGGCUCCCCUUCUUCCAGGAAGCAGGUCACCCCGAUGCUGGUGGAGUCGUGCCACUCUUUGCCGUCCUGUGGAUGCCCUACCGCACACUGGUGCUCCUCUACUCCUUUGUGGCCUUGCCUUUCCUGGACCCCGGGGGCUCCUCUUCUGCCGCACCUGUGUCUACACCAACAGCGCCAUCAGCCCCGUCAUCUACAGCCUCACGUCCCCGAAGUUCCGGCUGCCUUCCAGCGGCUGUGCGGGGGCGGGAUGGAGGAGCCAGAGAGGCGCACGGCUGGUCUCAGCUCCACUAGCUACGGCGUGGACCCCAGAAGACGCAGACCCGCGGGAGUGAGGUCACGGGCCCUCAGGCAGCUGGGCCCCCACUCCAGGAGCAGGGGCCUGGUUUCAGCACCGUCUGAGGGCUGCCCUCCCCCUGCCCAGCCCCUCUCGCCUCCCUCUGUUUGCUCCUGUGCUGGGUCCUGUCUGCUGGUGGCUAGCAGGGCCAGGAGAGGGGAGACACUCCUUUGUCAACAGCUCUUCUAGGUCCCCGGUGCCUUCCCUCCCCAUGAACGAGGACUGGUCACGUGUCCUAGUUCUGGCCCGGUGGCUGGACUCCAUUUGGGUAGCUCCCUCCCCUCCUCUGGAAGUGGGGGGGGGGGGUAGGAGCAGGAAGAAGCUGGGAGGGUGCCAGCCUUCACUGGUGUAAAGUUGGGACCUUCCAUCUGUUAUUAUUCAUUCGUUUAAGCACUCUGUUUUCCACCUGAUGGGUAUUACAGCAAUGCAUUUCCAGUC